GGAGACGUGCCGGUCUCCUCUCCGCUGUAAUGACAAGCCCUCACAGCCACUCUCUCCAACUCCUCUGAAACAACCCUCAGCCUCCAGGAUUUUCCUCCGCCGCUUCCCCUCUUCCUUUUUCUUUUCAGUUGCACCUUAUUUCAUUUUACUUUCAUUUAUUUUACUUUAUCUAACCUCUCAACCACCCCCCUCCACAGACAUGUCAACAGAUAAUGAAGAUCCCCUGCCUCUGGUGACUUGAAUCCUCCCUGCUUCAGAGAACUGAACAUUCUCAUUUUCCGCCCCCCAUUUUUUUUCCAAUUUUCUUUUUUGGACGUUCAUCUGCCGUUCAGCAAUGUAGGAGAAGUGACGGCGUCAUUUCAGCAAUGAGGAUGCCAACUGCAUGCCCCGAUUUCGGCUCUCGGCAUCUUGCAUCUUUGCCUUUUCUGCUGGGGCGACUGAAAAAUGAACGAUUUGCGUGAAGGCAAAGUUUGAGGGUACCUCUUUCGGUUUCCCGCUCACCUGUCCGCCUGCACGCGCCUACCCCCUCUCUCUCCUCUCGGCUGGUGAGCAGGGAGAGCAAAUCAUCGCCAACAGAAGAACUGACGGACAACUUCAAAGAGACCCGACAAUUGUUCUAGUAUUUUUAGUGGAAUUUUUUUUGUUUGUUUUUUUCGGCAGUGUUUUUUUCCUCCUUCCCCCCCCUGUCCUUUUUUUUGGGAGGAAUUUGAUGUGCGCAACGUAGAAGGAUAUGGCUUAAAUGAUGUUUGCGUUGACAGCUGGAGUAAGGUCCGUAACUUGAGUGCUUUCUUCUCAUCAGCAAUUGCCGACUUUGGUGGAAAAACCCAUCCAAAUGGGAGGAUACCUGGAGGACUGAGUCGGUUUUCGACAGUCGAGAGAGAGAGAGAAAAAAAUGUGGAUAAAACGGAGUGUCGCGCGCAGUCCGUCUGCUUUGAAGCCAGGCAGCUGUGUGGGGCAUCGGGUGUGGAUCCUGCUAGCCAUGACUCACCUUACCUUGGACUUUUCUGUGUGCAGCCCUCUCAGUCAAGGUCUGGGGAUCAAACUCACGCCUAAACCGGUGCCUCGCUCACGGCCUCGCUUGCAGCCCCUCUGGGAUAAGCCUAACAUGCUUCACUGGAGAACAGUGAGCCCGUUAGCCCACCGGCUCCUCAGCCCUGUUCCUCCGCCCCAAGACAGCAGGGCAGGAAUAGUGCCAAAAGUUAAAGGUCAAAAGCAUUGGAAGCCAGCACACAAAGGACAAGCAGCGUGCAAGAAUUGCCGGCUGAGAUACUCUCAAAAAGAGACGGGCGAUCCUUUGGCUGUAUUAGCAAAAGCUCCAGUUGCUUUAUCAAGCGAGAGGUUGUUAAUUAGAACCAGGAGGCAGCUCAAAUGGGACAGCUAUGACAAGUCUCAGGAGGGCCGGACUACAACAGUGGCUGGAUUUAUUGACUGGGGACCCACGGGGACUGAUAGCAUAGAUGAGGAUGGCAAAAUGGAGCCAAACUUAACGUCCACCAGGGCUGCAACUACUACAGUGGCCACAACCACUAGCACUACAACCAGGCUCUCCCAAAGGACGUUCACUGUGGUGACCACAACAGAGUCCAAGAGCACCACCAAGUCCUCUAUGAGCAACACGGAGUCUGUCAAACCACCAAAGCUAGACCCACCAGGGGACACACCAGGUUUGGCAGUUCACCAGAUAAUCACAAUCACUGUGUCUCUCAUUAUGGUUAUCGCGGCCUUGAUUACAACACUCGUCCUUAAAAACUGCUGUGCGCAGUCUGGAAAUGGUCGCCACAAUAGCCAUCAGCGAAAGAUCCACCAGCAAGAAGAAAGCUGCCAAAACCUGACAGACUUCACCCCAGCUCGGGUGCCCAGCAAGGUGGACAUAUUCACUGCCUACAACGACAGCCUGCAGUGCUCGCACGAGUGCGUUCGGACUGCCGUACCCAUCUACACUGAUGAGAUGAUCCAGCAGACGCCUGUCUACAAGACUGCUUAUAACGGAAACAGGCCCUCACCAACUGAAAGACAACUGAUUCCUGUGGCCUUUGUGUCAGAGAAGUGGUUUGAGAUCUCAUGUUGACGAGCUGAAGGCCUUCAUGUUCUGUGGGUGGAAGAGACUUCCUGAAUUCACGCUUUGGAUCCAGUUGGAAACAAGAAACACAAAAAAACAGCUUCUUUUGUAAAAUAGCGUGAUCUUUGGACACUGGUGAAGAUAUUUAUUUUUCUAGAGUUGACAAGCAGCAGCCAUAACGCUGCGAAAACCAUAUUUCCAAGAACCUACGGUCAUUUAGAUAUAGAUUAUAUAUAAAUAUAUUUACAGGAUGUAUGGAACUAGACUGUGGACGUCGCGGAUGUCUCAAGGAAAACAUUAGCCCUAUCACAGAGGAACUCAAGGAGCUUCUUCGGGAGGAAGAUGAACUGUAUUUCUGAACAAUGUGCCAAUAAUGCCACUAUGUGCCACAACCUGGAUGGACAGAAGUUUCAACAACGACUGAUGGACUAAAAAACAAGCCGACAAAAAAAGAGCGUUAUAUUAACCCUGUAUCAACUGCAGUUACAUUUUUUUCUUUUGGUUUUUGGUUUUUAAAGAAAUAUGAAAGUACAAAAAAAUGCUAAAUGUAUUUGAAUAUGUUAUGAAAUAGUUUUAAGAAAUGUGUUACAAAAGAGUCUAAAAGAUAUUUAUAUGAAGCACUAUUCUAUUAGCUGGGGAAGAGAGAUGAUGGAAAACGGUAUAUGCUUUAUUGGACGGUUAAUUUAAGAAAAAAAAGAAGAAAAAAAGUUCUUUCUACCGGUCCCAUUUUAAAAUCAGAAUAGUCGUGUCUAUUUUUUUACACACAAGAGUCUGCCACAGCCCUAACGGGGGAAGUCAGAAGCGCUUGGAACCACUUUUUAAAUACUCCCACCUAAGCUGAGGUAAUAUCAAAGACAACCAUCUGAACACAUCUGGUCCAAGCCAGUACAGCGCCCACCUCGACUGCUUAUUAUGUAAGAUUUGCAUCUGAUUUAGGAAAAUGGAAAAAUACACAAAAGGCUUCUGUGGCGCAGGCGUGUGUCCUCGUUAGAUCCCACAGCGGCACAUUCACGAGUGAGUACAGCCACAGACUGCAUGGAGCUUGACAGGACAUUCAUACUGCCUCAGGUCUGUCUAGCUUUCUCGCACACCUCGUAUCAGUCUCUUCUCUCAGCAGCUGUCUGGGAUAAAUCUAACGGUUUAGAUUUUGAUCCGAGCUCCAAAUUAAAGGGUAGAAGAGAUUUAAUCUGAACCUCCUGUGUUCAAAUAAAUUGUGGUCAUUUGCAUAAACAGCAAAGUUGAAAAACGGAUAGUAAUUGAACAUCCCCACCCAACUCCCAACUCUCGACCGGUUUGACAAAUUAGUUGUUGAGCCUGAAACUCUUAAAUUAUAGGCGGAAGUCUAUGUAAUUCCAUCGUCAACCGAUUUGUUCAAGGUGGAAUUAAACAGAAGAAAUGGGAAGCUAAAAAUGUGGCGUCCCUCAGGAUCAAAAUGCAUGGUUUGUUUAACUGUGGAAUGUAAGCAGGAAGGAAUCCCCCAUCAAACACAGUAGGUUUUUUAAGGGUUCGCUCUCUCCAGACCCAAAUAAACUCUUGAGGACAAUGUUUAAAUCAUUCAGUAGUUAAGCUAUCACAGCCAGGAUGUUUGGGGUUACUCUCGGAUAAUUUGUUUUAAUUUGUGCUGUAGAAAGCUGAGCAAAAAGGGGAAAAAAAGGACAGAAUUAAGAGGAAAAAAUUCUAUUUUGUACUUUCAAAGGCCUAAAAACACUCCCUCUGUGUUUUGUUGUAGUAAGGGGAUUAAGACAAACCAAUCUGCUGCUGCCAAAUUGGUUUAAACUUCUGGUGAGGAAGGACAGUAAAGCUCUCCUGAGAGCUUCCUAGCACCAAUACUUUUUAUUAUCAUCUUCAAGCUCCUGAAACAGAUUAGCUUUGUGCUACGAAGCUUUCGAGAAAGUUGUCUGUUAAUCUACCUUUUUAUUUUGCUGUGGGUUUGUACAAAGCACAACUACAAUUCUGCAAUUGUAAAUGUUUAUGGCUAUAGACAGCAAUAUGUACAGAUAUAAAUGAUGGGUUUUACUAGGUAUAGACGGUCGAUCUCCAGUACUUCACUUGCUAGGUUUUCGGACUUGUACUCACUUCCUUAAAGGAUUCAAGACAACAGGUUGUCCCAGUGAUCAGUAUCAGUACGUGGGAGCCAUUCAGGAGGUGUCGAGAUGGCUUGGGAUAAACACUGUGGUGCAAAACUCCUGCUCUGGCCAAUUCACAACAUGAAACUCAUCUCAUGAAUGACACAUACCAGUGCAGCCUCACGAUAGGCUGCGUUGCUUCUUUGACAUAACAUAUAUUUUUUUGAAUGAACAGUGAUAUCUUACUAGUAAGAGGGUUAUGAAACUUGCUGUAAAUUAUACACGUGUAAAUGUAUUUUCUAUAUAUUUGCUUCUAUUUGUGUACAGGUGUGUUCUAUUUUUCAAGACCUCUCCCAUUUUUUGGGAAGGUUUCAGCUAGGUCGGGGAUAGUGUCUUUGUUUACAUGUGUAACUAUGGUAUUUCUUUCAAAACACAAAAACUAACCUUGUGCCAAGCUUCUUACCUGCACUUUCAAGCAGUUACUUGUAUUAUAUCUUUAGCUAACCAGUAUAAUACUUCAGUAGACGCUGCAAUAGCUCAGAGACUGAAGAGUGAUUUCCAGGUGGAAAGUAAAAACAGUACCGAGUGGUUUUAAACGGUGUUGUGAUCAUAUCUUGGGUUCAGCUGUAUCCAUGGUUGGCUGGGAAACCAAUGACUUGCUCUUCUUAACUAUCAUUUCUGCAUCGAUUUUAAUAGACAGUGUAUCAUCACAUGAAUUAAAAAAAAACAAAAAACAAAAAAACUGUUAAUCCAACAGUAGCUGCCAAGAAACUAACUAAACUUGAUUUAGACUGGAUUGCAAUCAUUUGUCACCAUCCUCAUUUUGUAUUUGUAUAUACAUACUGCUACAACUGCCCCAGAAAAUGUUAUUUACUGUAAUGACUCUGAAAAUAAACCAAUAUCAGCAUUUAUUAAGCAUAUAAGAAAAUCAGGGAAAGACAUCUAAAGGAAAACUUUUGAAAGGAGGACCGUUCGUGAAGUACACUGUCUGUAUUUUCCUUUUUGAUGUGACUGCUAAAUAGUCAGGGUUAAAAAUACAAAAAGCCAACUUUAGCGUUGAUAGGCAACGUUUUCAUUUUCAAACUUUUUCAGUAAUCCUGUUUUUAUUCCAGCUUUGCCCUUCAGCUAUAAUCCCGGCAUGGCUAUGGCAGUGUUGGUUUCAGUCAGUAUGCUAGGUGUACCUAGCAUGCUAACACACUGAACUAGGCCAGUGAAUAUGACAAACCUUACACCUGCUCAACAUUAGCAUGUUAGCACUGUCUGUUUAUGUGCUGUUUUAGCUGAAAUCACAGCUGCUGUGCUUCAGUGCGGCCUCACAGGGCUGCUAGUUUGGUUGCAAAUUCUUCUGCUUCUUUAGCUUUGGCCAAAAUUUCUGCUGUUUAUAAUGACAAUGUACUAAACAAGUAAUUUGCCAAAAACUGGGAGCGCAGUCAUUUUGCCUAAUCAAGCCAGGUUAUCAAAUCAAUUCAAACUCCAACUGUACAAAGAAAACCUCAAUAAUCAGACGGCCCCAUUGAGCAAGCGCUUGGCAACAGUGGGAAGGGAAAACUCCCCGAUAACAGGAAGAAACCUCCAACAGAACCUCAGGGAGAGGCGUCCAUCUGCCUCUCCCUGAGCCCAAUGAGGCUGAGGGGAGGGAGCCAACAACAACAGGACAAUGAACCUUCAAAGUGGAAAGUUUGUGAGAUCAUUUUAUAAUUUGCCCAUUUCUUUCUCUUUUAAAUGGCUGCCUGAUGUAAACAAUUUCCCAGUUACUCUGUUGAAUACAGUAUAUUAAUAUUAUUGAAUGCAGUGAUGGCCAAAUCUAUGUAAAAAUCCCCCCCCCCCCCCUAAUUUCUAGCUGUGCUAAAGUUGACUGUCGUUUUAAGAUUACAUGCUACAUAUAAGAGACCUACACAGAAAUUUGAACAACUUCUAUUUUAGUCUCACAACUUUAAAACAUUUGGCUGAUUGACAUUUGAUGUAAACAGUUUCAUCUGUUAACAACACCAUAUCUGAUGAUUGUGGAAUAUCAAUGCAACUAGCUAGAAUUUGCUGAAAGUGUCAGCUGAGAUUAUACCGAUAUUGUGGGAAAGAUUCUGGAUUCCUUGGAAUAUACUAAAUGCUCUAAUUGAACAACAGGAAACUUUAACUUUCUGAAGUUCUUUGUGUUUUAAUACUUUGGGGAAAAAGUUUUUGAGCUUUUUUUUUCUUUUCAGGCAUUGGGCGUGUUUCGGGCAGAUCUAUAAAGACUUGAAAAGCUUGAUUUUAAUGUUAGUAUUUCUCUUUGAAAUCAUGAGGAGCUGCUAAAAGGAAUUCUCUUUGCAUUCCUGAAGGACAUUUAGACAAAGAAAAAUGUAACCAGCAGCUGUGAUCUAUAUUUUAAACAGUCGCGGAUGUCUGGAGACAUCAGCAUACAGCACGCUUCCCCCUUUUACCGCUGUCUGAAAUCAAACUGAUACGUAAGGAAGCGUCUUACUGCUUUCUUGCGUUUUCAGUUUACAUUUCAGUAUAGCAGAUGAGUUUAGUUUAUUAUAACUAAGAGGCAGGAAAGUAAUUCCACUCGGCCCAGUCAGAUUUGAUUGAAGAAAUAUUGUGUUGUUGUGUUAGGUGUGGGUGUGGGGGUUACUCGACAUGCCUUUUUUUUCACAGCAAAUGAAUAUUUUGCGGUUCUCCUUUCUGUUUCUUCAGCAGCCCAUAAAACCUGUGCUCUCCUCGACAUAAACAAGCUAUCAAUCAACGAGGCUUUUCCUGUCAAGAUGAACGAUGUGCCACAUUUACAGAGACUGUGAUUCCUCUUUGCAUGUCAGAAACUCAGAGUGGAAGUUAUUGACAUGUGUUUUGUUUGAAUGACAUGCUAGCUGAAGGACAAAGUUGUUUUCUUUCCACAUAUUAAUGGAAGCAUUCAUACCAGAGGAACGGUCAGAGGAAUCCGUGUAUUGGCUAUAUUGUGGACUUAUUAGCACACUGUGUGAUAACAAAAAUAUCUUGUGGACGCUUUAUCAAUGAAAACAAAAAGAGACGUUUAAUUAGAAGGUGAGAGGACAAACUGAGAGGAAAGGAUAAAGUUUAUCUUUGCAGAAUGAUAUAUAUCCAUCCUCGGCCGGUGUUUUGGCCUUUUGUGAAAUAGUGACAAAAUAUAGUCCACUCGUGCACGGACACAUCUUUUCUCAGUCAGCAGGAUUUUCAGGCUAAUGCUAGUGGACGUGUUUCUUUUGAAACUGUCCUCUGACAGGCAACUUAGAAAAUUGGAUAUUUCCUAAACAUAUUAACAAAAAGUGUUUUGAUCCAAAUUGUGAGUUUUUUUUCUGAACCAAAGAAACCAAAAUCAGCAAGUCGACAGAAAAGAAAAAAUAUAUAAAGAAGGUGUAGACAAGUCUUUGGUGAAGGUCUGUUGAUGCCUAAUGUGUUGCUUUUUCAAAAUGAAGCACAAAAAACAACUGUGACACAGCUCUUUUCUGCCUGAGAACUUCAAUAAAAGUGAUUAUAUUGUUGUGACUAUUUCACAAACUGCCCCGAGACUGUGGAGGUAUAUCGCUGGAUCCAUUUAUUUCUUUUUUUCACUCCCAGUAAACUGUAGCUCCUCACUCCUCGCUUUUCCGCAUCUUUUCAAAAAACUAAAAAAACAAAAAAUCACGUACUGUGCGCUUACUGUAUUUUAAGCGGAGGGCUGCGACUCUCCUCUCGGGUCAUGUUUUUACUUUUUCUAUUCACAAGAGCUAAAGCACUGUCACUGUCAGUGAUUAUCAGUGCAGUCAGACUUGAAAAAGACUUGGAGAAAAAAAAAACGACUUUGUUUGCAACAUCUCAAUUCUCUUAUAAUCCCUCUGCUAGAAUGAGACUAGCAGCGUGACCCAAAUCUGCUGUCGUGUCAGCUAAUUCAUGCAGAUGGCCUCUAGCCCUGGAUCAUGCCUUCGCGAGCUAAGUGCAGGCCUGAAACGAGUGACACAGCGAGGGAAUUUGGAAUAGCAGGCGAAUGGGAUAGCCUGCGAUUGCAUGUUCUGCGAGAGCUGAUCAAAGUAGAUGGAGCAAAAACAGCAACAAAACUAAAUAUGAAGUACAGUAAAAGUUCAAAGGUCAAGUCAAAGGUCAAGGGGUGAGGAGCUUGUAUAGAUUCUUUUCUCUCUGGGGCAGGGGGGAGGGAAGGGCUUUUCACACACAGUUCAUUGAGGCUGACUUACAAUCAUGAUUCAUACCUACCAUGAAGGAACCUGACUCAAGUUGUGUUGUCGCCAUAAAAAUGAAGAGUUUGUACUUUGUGACUCAAACUUUUAUAUUUGUGUUUAAUAUAUCAAUGAGUACCUCUGUUAACUUUUGUAUAAGACCUAUGACUAUAGUAUAUACAAACACACUCACACACACAAAACACACCUCCACGAAAAGGGACUCUAGUCUGUCUCUGUGACGGCUAAAUGUUGUAUAACUUUUAUUUUGUGUCUUAUGAACCACAUCUCUUCCUUUUGUAGUUAUUGGUAAAUGUUACGAUUUCCAGGUGACUUUGAUUUGGUUACUCUUGUACUACUAAGCUCUGUAUUUGCAAGCACUGUAAAUGCGAUUCUCAUUGGACUCGUCCUCUGUACAUUUAGUACUCUGAUGUUGCUAUUAAUAAAAUGUAAAACAACACGA